AUGCUUCAAGAUGGCUGUGGAGAGCCCCAGGAAAAGCUGCUGGUGACCUGGGGCUCAGGACCUGGGAGCAUGGGACUUGGGGUACCAGAGAAAGCUGGGCAGCCACAAGUGACCCUACUGCCCACACCCAACGGGAGUGGGCCAGGACAGGAUGUGGACAGUUACUGGCCAGAGAGCCCAGAGAGGUCAGCCUGUGUGGCUGGUGUCAUUCCUGUCAUCUAUUACAGUGUCCUGCUGAGCCUGGGGCUCCCUGUCAACCUUCUGACCACAGUGGCCUUGGCCCGCCUUGCUACCAGGACCAGGAAGCCCUCUUACCAUUACCUCCUGGCGCUCACAGCCUCGGAUAUCGUCACGCAAGUGGUUAUCGUGUUCGUGGGCUUCCUCCUACAGGGAGCCGUGCUUGCCCGCCAGGUGCCCCAGGCUGUGGUGCGCACAGCUAACAUCCUGGAGUUCGCUGCCAACCAUGCCUCGGUCUGGGUCGCAGUGCUGCUCACGGUGGACCGCUACAAUGCCCUGUGCCGCCCCUUGCGCCACCGGGUCACAUCGUCCCCAGGCCGGACCCGCCGUGCUAUUGCUGCCGUCUUCUGCACUGCCCUGCUGACUGGCAUCCCUUUCUACUGGUGGCUGGAUGUGUGGAGGGACGCAGACCCCCCAAGCACUAUGGACAAACUCCUCAAGUGGGCUCACUGCCUCAUCGUCUACUUCAUUCCCUGCAGCAUCUUCCUGGUCACUAAUUCAGCCAUCAUCCUCCGGUUCCGGAAGAGGGGCCAGAGAGGGCUGCGGCCCUGGAUGGGUAAGAGCACAGCCAUUCUCCUGGGUGUCACCUCACUCUUUGCCCUUCUUUGGGCACCCCGCAUCGGUGUCAUGCUCUACCAUCUGUAUGUGGCCCCUGUCCACCGGGACUGGAGGGUCCACUUGGCCUUGGACAUAGCCAACAUGAUGGCCAUGUUCAACACAGCAGUCAACUUUGGCCUCUAUUGCUUCGUCAGUAAGACUUUCCGGGCCACAGUCCGACAGGUCAUCCAUGAUGCCCACCUGUCUUGCACCUUGGGGUCACAGCCAGAGGCCAUGGUGGUGGAGCCUGUGCUGAAGUCUAUAGGACUCCCCAAAGGGGCAGGAUUGUAG